AUGAGGAAAGCAAAUCAGUCAAUAACCUUAGACUUCAUUCUUGUGGGGAUCUUCAGCCACUCAAGGCCACACUUUCUCCUCUUUUCCCUCGUGGCCUUCAUGUUCACCACGGGCCUGCUGGGUAACACCAUCCUGAUCUUCUUGAUCCGCAUGGACUCCCGGCUCCACAUGCCCAUGUACUUUCUGCUCAGCCAACUCUCCCUGUUGGACAUUGGUUUUCCCCUAGUCACCAUCCCCAAGAUGGUGGCCAACUUCCUGCAGAGAGAAGGAUCCAUAUCCUUUGGGGGUUGUGCAGCUCAGCUGUUCUUCCUAAUGCUGAUAGGAGUCUCCGAGGGUGUCCUGCUGUGCCUCAUGUCCUAUGACCGCUAUGUUGCUGUGUGCCACCCCCUGCAUUACCCUGUGCUAAUGAGACGCCAGGUGUGCUUGUUCAUGGUGGGCACCUCCUGGCUGUCAGGUGUGCUUGUUGCCACCAUCCAGACCUCUAUUACCUUACACUUCCCCUUCUGUGCCUCCCACACUGUGGACCACUUUUUCUGUGAACUACCUGCCCUGCUGAAACUCUCCUGUGAAGACACCUCUGCCUAUGAGUUGGUGCUCUCUGUCUCAGGGGUGCUGAUCUUGCUACUGCCCAUGUCGCUCAUUGCCACCUCCUAUGGCCAUGUGUUGGGGGUCAUUCUCCGCAUGCCCUCAGCAGAGGCCAGACACAAGGCCUUUACCACCUGCUCUUCGCACAUCACUAUGGUCGGGCUUUUUUAUGGGGCGGCCGUGUUCAUGUAUAUGGUGCCAGGCACGUACCACAGCCCACAUCAGGACAACAUGGUCUCUCUUUUCUACAGUCUCAUCACGCCCACACUCAACCCCCUCAUCUACAGCUUGAGGAACCGAGAAGUACAAAUGGCUUUGGUCAAGGUCCUUGGCAAAGCUGGCUUCAAGCCAAAGAGAUGA